AUGGAUCCAUGCAUGGAGCUCAAGCAGAACACGACAAUCGUCGUGCUCGGCGCUUCUGGUGAUCUGGCGAAAAAGAAGACGUACCCUGCGCUUUUCGGUCUUUAUCGAAACCAGUUCCUGCCCAAGGAUGUCAAGAUUGUCGGAUAUGCCCGCACCAAGAUGGAUCACGAUGAAUACAUUCGACGCAUCAAGUCAUACAUAAAGACACCCACAAAGGAGACUGAGCAGCAACUUGAGGAGUUCGCCGGGCUUUGCACCUACGUCUCGGGUCAGUACGACAAGGAUGAGUCGUUCCAGGGUUUGGAGCAGCACCUCCAGGAGGUUGAGCAGGGCCGCCCCGAGAACCACCGUCUUUUCUACAUGGCGCUGCCCCCCAGUGUCUUCACCAUUGUUUCACAGCAUCUGAAGAAGAUUUGCUACCCCAAGAACGGUGUCGCGCGUGUGAUUGUUGAGAAGCCCUUCGGCAAGGACCUUGCCAGCUCCCGGGAGCUUCAAAAGUCACUCGAGCCUGAUUGGAACGAGCAGGAGCUGUUCCGAAUUGACCACUACCUUGGCAAGGAGAUGGUCAAGAACAUUCUGAUCCUCAGAUUUGGCAACUCUUUCCUCGGCGCUACAUGGAACCGACACCACAUCGACAACGUCCAGAUCACCUUCAAGGAGCCCUUCGGCACCGAGGGCCGCGGUGGCUACUUUGACGAGUUCGGUAUCGUUCGUGAUGUCAUGCAGAACCAUCUCCUCCAGGUCCUCACUCUCUUGGCUAUGGAGAGGCCCAUUUCUUUCAACGCCGAGGACAUCCGUGAUGAAAAGGUUCGCGUUCUCCGUGCCAUUCCAGCCAUUGAGCCCAAGAACGUCAUCAUUGGCCAGUACGGCAAGUCUCUUGACGGUAGUAAGCCCGCCUACCGUGAGGAUGACACUGUCCCCAAGGACUCGAGAUGCCCCACGUUCUGUGCACUCGUUGCCUACAUCAAGAACGAGCGCUGGGACGGCGUACCUUUCAUUAUGAAGGCCGGAAAGGCUCUCAAUGAGCAGAAGACCGAGAUCCGAAUCCAGUUCAAGGACGUCACAUCGGGUAUCUUUAAGGACAUUCCCCGAAACGAGCUUGUUAUGCGCAUUCAGCCCAAUGAGAGUGUCUAUAUCAAGAUGAACUCUAAGCUACCUGGUCUCAGCAUGCAAACUGUUGUUACCGAGCUGGAUCUCACCUAUCGACGACGAUUCUCCGACCUCAAAAUCCCCGAGGCAUACGAGUCGCUUGUCCUUGACUGCUUGAAGGGUGACCAGUCCAACUUUGUCCGUGACGACGAGCUCGACGCCAGUUGGCGCAUCUUCACCCCUCUCCUCCACUAUCUUGAUGACAACAAGGAGAUUAUUCCCAUGGAAUACCCUUACGGUUCUCGUGGCCCUGCUGUUCUGGACGACUUCACCUCCUCUUACGGUUACAAGUUCAGCGACGCUGCUGGUUACCAGUGGCCAACAACCAAUGCUGCUGCUCCUAACAAGUUGCUGUGGUUUUGGGCCGUCGACGCCACAGAUGUUCAGAGACCAAAGGGUUGA